GUGAGUUCUUUUGUGGGGAUCCUAUUUUGCAAUCUUGGGCGAGUCGUGUUUUCUUGUGUGUUGUGUGUUAUAAGAGUUGCUAAGGUGGAAAGUGAAGGUAACUCUAGACUCUAGAGAGCAUGGAGACGUCCGUGGAUCAAGUCUCAUACACCCAGAGUAACCCACUGUUUGACAUGUCACUCAGCAGAAAUGAUCUCUACACUUUCCAGCCGGACGAUCUGAAGCCAGCGAGGCCGAGAAGACAGUGGUGUUUUAAUGUGAUUGUUGUUUAUCUCAUCUUGCAGACCGCCCUUAAUGCCUUUCUCCUUUAUAAAGUUUUCACAUUGGAGUCUUCACUGUCUAACUCCAGAUCAGAGAAGCUGUCAUCCAAUCACAUUCCUCUGGGUGGAGAUCAGGAAGAAGACAACUUCCAAACUCUCAUCCACAACAACAGUCAAGAAACCAAAACCCUAAGAAACCGCAUAUCGGCCUUGCAGAGCCAGGUCAACAGUCUGUGUGUAGAGGAUAGUCAGCUGGCCAGACUUAAAGCUGACCUGAGCCUUCUCAAUACCAGCACCCACAACCUGGAGGCUAAACUGACAACCAUCAGCCUCAAACCAGGACUUCCAGGUUCUCCAGGAAGAGAUGGGCUGCCAGGACAUCCAGGGGCACCGGGAGAGAAAGGUGACAGUGGCAUUGCCGGCCCACCAGGACAAAAAGGUGAAAUGGGACUCAAAGGGCAACCUGGAGAUCCAGGGGUUGCUGGUCAAAUUGGCCCACGUGGACCCACUGGGCCUCUUGGACCCACCGGUCCCAGGGGUCCACCUGGGCUCCCAGGGGCCCCAGGGGAUCAAGGACCAGGUGCAAAAGGAGAAAAGGGAGAACCUGGGGCACCAGGCCCUCGUGGAGACAAAGGUGACACAGGGAAUCCUGGCCAAAAAGGAUCUUCUGGAUUUCCUGGUAGUCCUGGGCUCAAAGGAGAAAAGGGAGCUCUUGGAAAUAAUGGUCCACCUGGACCUCCAGGUCCAAGAGGACCCAGUGGUUCCAGUGGAGCUCGAGGUCUCCCUGGACCCCCAGGUGCCAAAGGAGAAAAGGGAGACCAAGGAAGCCCAGACUUGAAUGUCCGUCUUGUGCCUGGGAAAUCACGAGGGCGAGUGGAGGUGAGGUACAAUGGGGUCUGGGGCACCGUGUGUGAUGAUAGCUUUGACACUGUUGAUGGCAAGGUCAUCUGUAAGAUGCUGGGUUUCCAAUCCGCCAUUGCCACCUUCACUGCCAGCCCAGGGUCUGGUAAGAUCUGGCUGGAUGAGCUACGAUGCUUGGGAACAGAGUCUGAUAUCUUUAACUGUCCACACAGUGGAGUUGGUGUCAAUAACUGCCAACACAAUGAAGAUGCUGGAGUGCACUGUAUCUAAACUGACCCCACACUGAAGAGGAAAUAAAAUGGUGUUUCAGCUGUUCUUAAUAGUUAGCUUAUAUGCAGUGAAAAGUUAACUGGCAGGAACUGCACAGUACUUUACAAACACACAUCAUAAACACUAUUCACUAGGAUUAUAGACAGAGAAAAGAACAGCACUGCUACUAAUGAUGUUCACAGCUGGGUGUCAUUACAUAUUCAUAAAACACAGCAUAUAAAAUUUAAUUCGGCUGACUUUCACUUUAUUACUAAACACAUUUGCUUAAAUUACAGUGUACUGUAAACAAAAGAUCAUGCUAAUAAAACUUUCCUGGAAAAUGUU